AUGACCUCACUGGUGGUCUUUCUCCGCCAAAAGAUGGAUCCCGCAAAGCUCACUGGCCAGGCUCUCCUCAGCCACACCAUCCAGACGACGCCCAUCAUCGACAACCACGCCCAUCCGCUGCUGGACCUCGACGCCAUCGGGCGUUACCCGCUUCUCUCCAUCACCACCGAGGCCCAUGGGGACGCGAUCCACGCCUCCUUGACCAGCCUGGCUCACUUGCGUGCCGUGAAGCAGCUGGCUAAAGUGCUCCGGUGCGAACCUAGCUGGGAGGCCGUCGUCAACGCCAUUGAGGCAAAGCGCAUCGAGGACUACGAUGCCUGGGUCGCCGAAUGCCUGAACGGGAUCGAGUCCGUCCUCGUCGACGACGGCCUGGAUGGCGAGGACGCCGUCUACCCUUACUCGUACUUCAGCGACGUCACGCGGAGCCCGGCCAAGAGGAUCGUCCGCAUCGAGAAGAUCGCCGCCGAGAUCAUCAACCAUCACCUGCCCAAGGAUGAGUCGGCCGCGAGAGAUGUCAAAGACGCCGGCGUCGCGUUCGAAAAGGCUCUCAAGGCCUUCGACCACAGCAUCGCGGAGGCCAUCGCCGAUCCCGAGGUCGUGGGCUUCAAGUCCGUCAUCUGCUACAGGACCGGCCUGGCCAUCCCCAGACGACCGGACGCCGCAGCGGCCAGGAAGGCCUUUGAAACCAUCCACGCGAACCACACGCAGGGGACCGACAAGGCCUUCACGCGCGUCAACCAUCACGGGCUGAACGAGUACUUGGUCCACAGGCUCGCGUGCCUCAUCAGGAACGCCACGGGCACCGGCAAGAAGCCGAUACAGUUCCAUACUGGCCUGGGCGACAACGACAUCACGCUCACCUCCGCGUCGCCGUCCCACCUGCAGGACUUCAUCCGCCAGUAUCCAACGGUGCCCAUAGUCUUGCUUCACGCCAGCUACCCCUUCGUGAGAGAGGCCGGGUACCUGGCAUGCGUCUACUCCAACGUGUACGCCGACAUUGGAGAGAUCUUCCCCUUUUUGAGCCGAGAUGGCCAGGAAACUGCCCUGAGGCAGAUCCUUGAGCUGUGUCCCUGGUCCAAGAUUCUCUGGAGCACCGACGGGCAUUGGUUCCCCGAGACUUACCUGCUCGCCGUGCUGCAAGUGAGAGAGGUCUUGGAAAAGGUUCUGUGCGAAUACGCUCGCAAGGGGCACAUGACUUGGCGGGAGGGCACCAAGCUGGUGAAGGAUAUCCUCUUCAACAACUCGAACCACAUCUACCACCUGGGACUCGAGUUCAGCUUCGACGAGUCCUUCAUCAACCCGAGAAGGCUGUCCGGGCGAAGCGACCUCGACAUUCUCGAAGCCUUCUUGGACGGGAAGAAGCCGCCGCAGUACCUCCGCGUCUACUGGAACGACCUGACCGCCACCUCGCGCGUCCGCGCCGUGCCCAUGCGGAAGGUCCUCUCCGUCUUGAACGAAGACGGCGACUUCUCGCUGAGCAUCACCAAGGCGAGCCUCGGUCUCCUGCAGAACGACAUGGUUGUCCCAGGCGCGUCCGGCACGGGCGAGUAUCGGCUCCAUCCGGACUUCACCUCGCUGCAAGAAGGGCCGAGAGAGGGCCACAUCAGCGUCUUUGGCGAUUUUAGGGAGCAAGAAGGAUCCUCGGUCCCCUUUUGCCCGCGAUCCCAACUCCAGCGCGUGGUGGAGAUCGCCGCUCGCCACGGCCUGACCUUCCACCUCGGCUUCGAGAUCGAGCUCGUUCUCCUCGAGCGCAUGGGCAACUCCUUUGAGAAGUACAGAACGCUCGACAACGACGGUCACGCCUGGUCCGCCGCCCGCAUGAUGGACCACCCGGUCUUCACCAAGGUCAUCGAGAGGACCGUCGCCGAGCUGGACGCGAAAGGAAUCUACAUCGAGCAGGUCCAUCCCGAGAGCGCGCCGGGCCAGUUCGAGGUCAUUCUCCCGCAAGCCCCGCCGUUGGAAGCCGUGGACACCCUUCUGUACGUCCGCGAGGUCAUCUCCAGCAUCGCCGUCGCCGAGGGAUACAGGAUGACCCUCCACCCGAAGCCGUUCCCGACCUCGUGCGGGACGGCGGCCCACGUACACAUGUCCAUCACCUCGGCCGGCGGAUCCAAGCCCGAGACGUACAACCCCUUCUACGCCGGGAUCCUGAAGCACCUCCGGGCCAUCGCCGCCUUCACCUACAGCAACCCCGUCAGCUACGAAAGGGUCCAGGACGGGGCCUGGGCCGGCGGCCGCUGGGUCACCUGGGGCACGCAGAACCGCGAGACGCCCCUUCGCAAGAUCGAGGACAGCCACUGGGAGGUGAAGUGCAUGGACGGCCUCGCCAACCCGUACCUGGCGAUCGCCGCCCUCCUCGGCGCGGGCACCCACGGGUUCGGGGAGGCGGAGAAGCUGACCUGGGGCGACUGCGAGGUGGACCCGGCCUCGCUGACGUCCAACGACCGCAAGGAACUCGGCGUCGAGCAGAUGCUCCCGUCGGGCUUGCCCGAGGCCCUCAAGGCCCUGCGGGGGGACGAUGUCAUGAACGAGCUGCUCGGGGAGGAUCUGAUUGAGAGGUACAUCACGAUCAAGGAGGAAGAGAUGAAGAACCUGGAUGCCAUCGGCAGUGACGAGCGGCGGCAGUGGAUUAUGGAACGAUACUAA